AUGUUGGAGGUGCCUUUGCCCGCCUGCCAGGGCGCCCCAGAUGGAAGCCCCGCCCUGGGCCCCCGCCUGCUGCUGAGCCAGGAGCCCCAGGUGGUCUCUGGAUCCUUCCUGGCAGUGGCCUCCUGCGGUCAGACGCCAGCUCAUUGUACCCUGCAGGAGCCGAGCGGAAAGAGCUUCGCAGGGCAGAACCCGCGGCUGGCCUCACCCAGUUCAGCAGGAGACCCAGUUGCCCCGCCGGCAGGACCUAAGGCCAGUGGGGGGCUGGCCUGCCUGGGCAAGCAGCAGCAGAGCUUUGCCUUAAGUCUCCGGGGUCCGGCUGUGCCCCUGACACGACCCCCCCCCCCGCGGUCACUGGCCCAUGGGGGGGCCUCCGUUGGCAGCGGGGUGCCGCUUUGGAUUACCUGUCACCCGGAGGAGGAAAGGCGGAUGCCUGGGCUUGCCACCCUCCUUGGCAGAGGCUCAGAAGAGACACCGAGCUUGCUUCUCAGCCGCCCCCCGCAGGGAGCAGAAGACUCACUUGGGACGAGCCGAGACCCAGCCGGGAUGGAGGCCAGGAGGCCAGCCACACGCCUGCCAGGGGGCCACCACUGCCAGCUCCCUCCCAGCAGCCCCGCGGCAGCGGCAGGCGACUCACCCAUCCGGAGCAUCGCCGGGGUCUAUGUGGAAGCCUCCUCCAGGACCAUGAGCCUCACGGAGGCCGCCGGGGAGCACCUGCUGCAGCCUGGCCUGGCCCUGGCCCUUCUGGAAGCGCAGGCAGCCACCGGGGGCCUGGUGGACCUCGUGGGCAGGCGGCUGCUGUCUGUGUCCGAGGCGGUGGCCACGGGGCUGGUGGGGCUGGAGACGAAGGAGAAGCUGCUGAGAGCCGAGCGGGCCGCGACUGGCUUCCCCGACCCCUACACGGAGGAGAAGAUCCCCCUCUACCAGGCCAUCCAGAAGGAGCUGAUGGGAAGGGAGCCGGGCCUGCGUCUCCUGGAGGCCCAGAUCGCGACCGGGGGGGCCCUGGAGCCCCUCACCGGCUCCCGGCUCUCCCUGCAGGAGGCCUGUGCCCAGGGCUGCCUGGACGAGCCGCUGAGUCGCUUCCUCUCUGAUCCUGGGGAGGAGGAGGCCAAGGGGUUCUUCGACCCCAACAGCCACCAGAAGGUCACCUACCGGGAGCUGAUGAGCAGAUGCAUUGCAGACCCCGGCACGGGCCUGCUGGUGCUGCCCCUGAAGAUCUCCUUCCCGGGCCUGCGAGGGGCCGUCUGCAGUCACGAGCUGCUGGACUCUGGAAUCAUCGACUCCGCCAUGUUCAAAGCCCUCCAUAAAGGGGAAGUCAGCGCCCAGGAGGUGGCAGAGAUGGAGUCCGUCCAGCAGUUCCUCUCAGGGACAAGCAGGGUGGCCGGGGUGGCCGUUCUGCAGAGCAACGCCUGUAAGAGCCUGGACCAGGCCCUGAGGGAGCACCUGCUACUGCCCGGCACUGCCGUCCUCCUCCUGCAGGCUCAGGCCGCCACCGGCUGCUUGAUCGACCCCGUCAGGAACGAGAAGUUCACCGUGGACGCCGCCAUCCGGGCAGGAGUGGUUGGGCCAGACCUUCACGAGAAGCUGUCUUGGGCUGAGAGAGCUGUCACAGGCCACCGAGACCCCUACACGGGGGAGACGCUCUCUCUCUUCCAAGCCAUGAAGAAGGGUCUUGUGCCCAGAGACCCCGGCAUGUUCCUGCUGGAUGCUCAGCUGGCCACGGGUGGCAUCGUGGACCCCCACACACAUCACCGGCUCCCGAUGGAGAUGGCCUGUCAGCGUGGCCAUUUGGAUCCAGACACCCACCACCUCCUCUGCAACCCCACCGAUGGCAUCCGGGGGUUCUUUGAGCCCAACUCCAAGGAAAACCUGUCCUAUGCAGAACUGCUUUUGAGAUGCGUCACUGACCCAGACACCGGGCUCUGCCUCCUGCCUCUUUCUGGAGGCCACGGUAGCAGGAGACAUUCCUUCAUUGACCACCACACGCAGCUCACUCUGAGAAACACCAAGGUGUCUGUGGCCUGUGGCAAAUUCAAGGAACGGCCCGUCUCCCUCUGGAAGCUCCUCUUCUCAGACUACUUUACAGGGGAGCAGAGGAGGGCCCUCACCCAGCAGUUCUGCUCUGGAAGCCUCUCCACUCAGGAACUGGCUGCCCGCGUGUCUGCCACUGUCCAGCAAGUCACGGCCAACUCGAGAGUCACCUUUGAGGGUCUGAGGGACAAGGUGACCCCUGCCCAGCUCCUGAGCUCUCAGAUCAUCAACCAAGACUUGUUUGAGAAGCUCACACAAGGGGAGACUUUGCCCAAGGAUGUGGUGGGCAUGGGCAUGGUGAAGAAGUACCUGGAAGGGACGGGCAGCAUCAGUGGCUUGCUGUUGCCAGACUCCCAGGAGAAAAUCAGCAUCUACCAAGCCAAGAGGAGAGGCUUUCUGCGGCCAGGAACGUCCCUCAUCCUCCUGGAGGCCCAGGCUGCCACGGGGUACAUCGCUGACCCUGCUGCCAACAAGAAAUACUCUGUGGACGAGGCCCUGUGUGCCAAUGUCAUUGGCCCAGAUGUCUAUGACAAGCUCCUGGCAGCUGAGAAAGCCGUCACUGGCUACAGGGAUCCUUACACGGGCAAGAAGAUCUCCCUCUUCCAGGCCAUGAUGAAGGACCUCAUCGUCAAGGAGCAUGCCAUCCGCCUGCUGGAGGCCCAGAUCGCCACCGGGGGCAUCAUCGACCCUGUGAACAGCCACCGCCUCCCUGUGGAAGCCGCCUACCAACGUGGCUACUUUGACAAGAAGAUGAACCUGAUCCUCUCGGACCCCAGCGAUGACACCAAGGGCUUCUUUGACCCCAACACCCACGAGAACCUGACCUACCUGCAGCUGAAAGAGAAGUGUGUCACGGAGCCCUCCACAGGCCUGUGCCUCCUGCCGCUGAACAGCAGAAAGCGCCAGUUUGUCAACGAGGCCACCAAGCAGGCCUUCAAGAGCUCCUGGCUCCUGGUCAGAUAUGGGCGUUUCCAAGGACAAAGAGUCUCCAUAUGGGAUCUCCUGAACUCAGAGUACUUCAACGAGGGGAAGAGACGGGAAAUAUUCAAUCACUACUGUCUACGGAAGGUCACCCUAGAACAAAUCCGGCUCAUGCUAGAGGAGGAGAUGAAGAAGUGGGCACCCAUCAGAUUCCCAGCCCUGAGGGGCCACGUCACUGCCUACCACCUGAUGGAGACCGGCAUCAUCGACAGGGCUCUCUUGGAGAGGCUGCUGGAGGGGGCCGUGAGCCCCGCGGAGGUCCUGCAGAUGGACACGGUCCGGCAAUACCUCCAUGGGACGGGCAGUAUUGGGGGGAUUGUUCUGCAGCCGUCCAAUGAGAGGCUGAGUCUCUACGAGGCCCUGAAGAGGAACCUUGUGCUGCCAGGGGCAGCGGUGCCCUUGCUGGAGGCACAGGCAGCCACUGGCUUCAUCAUUGACCCAGUGAACAACCAGAAGCUCUUUCUGGACGAUGCGGUGAGGGAGGGCCUCGUUGGCCCAGAACUCUAUGAGAAGCUACAGCGUGCAGAGGGAGCUGCCAGUGGCUACAAAGACCCUUUCACGGGCAAGAAGAUCUCCCUCUUCCAAGCCAUGAAGAAGGGCCUGCUGGCUGAAAAACAAGCCAUGCAGCUGAUGGAUGCCCAGUUGUCUACUGGGGGAGUCAUUGACCCCCACUGUGGCCACUAUGUCCCUGUCGAAUUCGCCCAGAAGAAAGGCUACUUGGAUGAGGACCUCAACAAGACUCUUUCCAGCCCACGCAAUGCCACCAAAACCUUCAGCACUCUUGACAGCAGAGAAAGCGUGACGUACAGCCAGCUGAUGGCCCAGUGCCAGAGGGACGAAGGGUCUGGCAUCCGCCUGCUGCCUGUCUCCCAAGCAGCCGCUCCUCUCUCCACAGAGGAGCAGACCGAGCAGCUCUUCCGGGAGACCCUGGUGGGGGGAAAGGGCCUCUCCCUCUGGGAGCUCCUCCACUCCGGCUACUUCACUGAGGAGCAGAGAGGAGACUUCUUGGAGAAGUAUCAGUCGGGAGCCGUCACCCUCCCCCAGCUGGCCAGCCUCGUCCUGGGCCUCAUGAAGGAUCUCGAAACGAAGGCUCAGGCCCAGGUCACCUUCCAGGGCCUGAGAGGGGCAGUGCCAGCGGUCUGGCUCCUGGAUUCUGGCAUCAUUUCAGAAGAGACAUUCGCAGAGCUGGCUCAGGGCAGGAAGACAGCCAGAGACGUGUCCGAGAUGGAGAGUGUGAGGAGAUACUUGCAGGGCACGGGGAGCAUCGCCGGAGUUUUCAUCCAGGCCUCCCAAGAGAAAAUGGGGAUUUACCAAGCGAUGCAGAACCACCUCCUCCUGCCAGGCAUGGGGACAAGGCUGCUGGAAGCUCAGGCAGCCACAGGAUCCAUCACAGACCCCGUGAAGAACCAGCGGCUCGGAGCAGAGGAGGCCAUCAAAGCCGGCAUGGUGGGCGAAGAACUCGCCUCGCAGCUGCUGCAGGCUGAGAGGGCCCUGACAGGCUACAGAGACCCUUACUCAGGAAAGCCCAUCUCAGUGUGCCAGGCCAUCAGGAAGGAGCUUCUGCCUGCCAGCACUGGCAUCCCCUUGCUGGAAGCUCAGCUGGCCACUGGAGGGGUCAUUGACCCCAUCCACUGCCAUCAUCUUCCUCUCUGGGCUGCCUACAAGCACGGCUUCUAUGACGAAGACAUGCACAAGACCCUUUCUCAGCACACCAGUGACACCCGUGUCUUCUUUGACCCCAAUGCACAGGAGAGCCUGACCUAUCAGCAGCUGAAGGACAGAUGCGUUCAAGAUGCUGGGACAGGACUUUGGCUACUCCCUCUCUCAGAAGAGGCCGCUUUCUAUGGAGGCAGUCAAACCGUGGAGGUGCUGAAAUCUGUAACCGUCAGUGUCAACGCAGGGCGGUUUAAAGGUCAAGAGGUGUCCCUCUGGGGCUUACUCAACUCCGAGUACAUCACUGUUUGCAAGCGGAAGGAGCUGGUGGUAAUAUACCAAGAAGAGCAUGUGGAGAUCCUGCAAGAAAUCAUCAGCACUGUCACCAAGAUCAUCACAGAGACUGAAGAGCGAGGCAAGAGGUUUGCCUUCAAGGGGCUACGCAAGCAGGUCUCAGCCAGCGACCUCUUCCGGUCCCAGCUCAUCAACAAGGAAACACUGGACCAACUGAGCGAGGGCAAGAAAACGGUGCAGGACAUCACCCAGAUGGAGUCUGUCCGGCAAUAUCUGGAGGGCUGCAACUUCAUUGCUGGCGUCCUGAUACAGCCCAGCGGUGAAAAGAUGAACAUCUACCAGGCGAUGAGGCAGGGUCUCCUCAGACCAGGGGCGGCUCUGGUGUUGCUUGAGGCCCAAGCCGCCACCGGCUUUCUCAUUGACCCCGUGAAGAACACAAAGCUCUCAGUAGACGACGCAGUGGCAGCGGGGCUGGUUGGGAGAGAGAUUUACGAGAAGCUGCUGAGUGCAGAGAAAGCCGUGACGGGAUACACAGACCCCUACACCCAAGGGCAGAUCUCCCUCUUUGAAGCCAUGAGCCAAGAGCUCAUUGUGAAAAGCCACGCCAUCCGCCUGCUGGAGGCCCAGAUUGCCACUGGGGGCAUCAUCGACCCCGUCCACAGCCACCGCAUCCCUGUGGAGGUGGCCUACAGGCGGGGCUACUUUGACGAGGAGAUGAACCGGAUCCUCUCGGACCCCACAGAUGACACCAAGGGCUUCUUUGACCCCAACACGCAUGAGAACCUCACUUACCUGCAGUUGCUAGAUCGGUGCAUCCAAGACCCAGAGACUGGGCUCUAUUUGCUGCAGAUCGUCAGGAAGGGGGGCCGGUAUGUCUACAUUGAUGAGGCAACCAAACAGUUCCUGAAAGCACAGCCGCUCCAGAUGCAGGUUGGCAGGUACAGAGGUCAACCGGUCUCCAUGUGGGACGUCCUCUGCUCCCCAUAUAUUCCAGAACAGAGGAGGAAAGAACUGGUGAAUCAGUAUAAGAGCCAAAGCCUGACAUUGGAACAACUCCGCCAAGCCAUCACCACCAUCGUGGAGGAGACAGAGCAGAGAACCCAGGCGCUCAAGGUCAAGGGGCCCAGAGGGGAGGUGUCAGCUGCAGAGCUGUUCAAUGCAGAGAUCAUCGACAAGAAGACGCUGGAUGGGCUUCACCAAGGGACUGGGGCGCUUGAGCAGCUUGCCCAGAAGGACUCUGUGAAACUGUCCCUGGAAGGAACAGGUUGCAUUGCUGGCGGCUUAGUAACAGCCCAAGGAGAGAAGGUGACGCUCUAUGAAGCCAUGAAGAGGGAGCUCCUCUCCCCAGAAAAUGCUCUGAUGCUCCUGGAGGCACAGGCUGCCACUGGAUUCAUCCCUGACCCACAGAAAAAGAAAACCUUCUCUGUUGACCAGGCUGUCUCUGCAGGGGUCGUGGGGGAAGAGCUGCAAGAGAAGCUUCUCUUUGCAGAGCGAGCUGUCACUGGUUAUCCUGACCCUUCCACAGGGAAGAAACUCUCUCUUUUCCAGGCCAUGAAAAAGAACAUGGUUGACAGAGCAUUUGCCCUUAGGUUGCUGGAGGCCCAGAUGGCCACUGGUGGCAUCAUUGACCCUGCAUAUGGCCACCGCAUCCCUGUGGAGGUGGCAAUCAAACGGGGCCACUUGGAUGACGACACCUUCCUCCUGCUUUCCGAUGCAGAAUAUGCUACCAAAGGAUUUGUGGAUCCCAACACUCAAGAGCAGAUCACAUAUACACAACUGCUGCGCAGGUGCAUUGUGGACAGAGACACAGGGUUGCAGCUCCUUCAGCUGCUAGACAAGAAGGAAUACUUUUACAGUGAUGACAUAACAAAAACAAUUUUUUCAUCCACUAAGGUGAAAGUAACAAUUGGAAAAUACAGGGGGCAGACAGUCUCUCUGUGGGAGCUUCUCACUUCAGACUACAUUGAUGAAGAAAAGAGGAAAGAGCUGAUUAAAAAAUAUAAAUUGGAAUCCUCUGCAGUUCUGCAGCACAUCACUGAUGAAAUUCUGGACAUAAUAAAAGAAAAAGAAGAAAACAGAAGAGAGUUAUGGUUCCAAGGGCUCCGGCAACAAGUCACAGCCGCAGAACUACUCAAUGCUGAAAUAAUCACCCAAGACACAAUGAAGAAGCUGGAGGAGGGGAAAGAGAGUGUACAGGACAUAGCCAAGAUGGAUUUGGUGAAGCGAUACCUAGAAGGCACCAGCUGCAUUGCCGGAGUGCUCGUGCCGUCCAGAUCAGACCCUUCCAAGACGGAGAAGAUGACCGUCUACCAGGCCAUGUGCAAGGGCGUUCUGAGGCCAGGCACCGCCCUGGUGCUGCUGGAGGCACAGGCCGCCACCGGCUUCAUGACUGACCCGCUGAAGAACCAGAAGCUCUCAGUCGACGAAGCCAUCUCGUCCAGGCUGGUGGGUGGAGAAAUUUGUAACAAGCUCCUUUUUGCAGAGAAAGCUGUGACUGGUUACACAGACCCCUACACGGGAAAAAAAAUCUCCCUCUUCCAGGCCAUGAAACAAGGUUUGGUUAUCAAAGAGCACGGCACCCACCUCCUGGAGGUACAGCUGGCCACUGGGGGCAUCAUUGAUCCGGUCAACAGUCAUCGAGUUCCGGUGGAGGUGGCCUACAAGCGGGGCUACCUUGACAAGGAGAUGUACCAGAUGCUCUCGGACCCCACAGAUGACAUCAAGGGCUUCUUUGACCCCAACACUCACGAGAACCUGACAUACCUGGAGCUGCUCAAGAGAUGCAUUCGUGAGCCAGGCAGUGGGAUGCUGAUGCUGCAAGUGCAGCCACAGGCAUCCAGGGCCUGGCACAUGGAAGAGGACAUGAGGAGGACUUUGAAGUCUACGACAACCAGGAUGACGGAGGGGCUUUUCCAAGGAAAGGAGGUUUCUCUCUGGGACCUACUUUAUUCCAGGUACUUUUCACAAACCAAAAGGGAAGAGAUAAUGAGACAAUAUAAGGCUGGGAAAACGGCCCUUGAAGAAAUAGCCACCAUGCUUAUCUCAACCAUCAAAGAAAUGGAGGAAGAGAACAAAAACCGAGAGAGAAGAUCCAAAGAUAUGAGCAUACAAAAGGAAAAAACAAAAAAUAAGGGUGAUCUUCUUAUGCAGAAGCAGGAAAACUGGGAAGAGCAUUUGAAGACGACAAAAAUGAAGAGAUACCCAGAAAAAAUGCAAGGCCAGCAACUCUCUGUGUGGGACGUCCUCUUCUCAAAAUCCAUCUCAGAGGGCAAAAGAGAGGAGCUUCUCAGCAGAUACAGGCAUGGCAGAAUAACCCUGGAGGAGCUGACAGAAACACUCACCACCAUCCUUGAGGAGUCCACAAAAAAAGAAGCAGGAGAUGCCAGCAGCCCGAUGGGAGACGUGGCUCUGCCCUGCGACGAGACAGCCCCUCCUUCCCAGCAGGACAAAGAGCUGGAAAGCACCCUGCGGCUGGUGACCCUAGCCGUGCCUGGGGGCGAGUUCCAAGGCUGCAGGCGGUCCGUGUGGGAGCUUCUCUUCUCCACGUACGUGACUGCAGAGAAGCGGCAGGAGCUCCUGGAGCAGUACCGAGCAGGAUCCUUGACCGCAGAGGAGCUUGUCCGAAUCAUAACCAACCUCAUUGAGGAGAUGGAAGAGAAGAGCCAGAAGCUGAAGUUCUCCGGGCUCAGGAGGCGGGUGACGGCAUCAGAACUCUUUGACUCCCAGAUCAUUGACCAGGACACGCUCUCUGGCCUCACGCAAGGCACCACCACGGUGGAGGAGAUCACAGAAAGGGAUUCGGUGAAGCGAUACCUAGAAGGCACCAGCUGCAUUGCCGGAGUGCUCGUGCCAUCCAGAUCAGACUCUUCCAAGACGGAGAAGAUGACCGUCUACCAGGCCAUGUGGAAGGGGGUUCUGAGGCCAGGCACCGCCCUGGUGCUGCUGGAGGCACAGGCCGCCACCGGCUUCAUGACUGACCCGCUGAAGAACCAGAAGCUCUCUGUCGAAGAAGCCGUUGCCGCCGAACUGGUGGGUGCCGAGAUUCGGGAGAAGCUCCUCUCUGCAGAGAGAGCUGUGACCGGGUACAACGAUCCUUACACAGGGAGCAAAAUCUCCCUCUUCCAGGCCAUGAAGAAAGGCCUCAUCGUCAAAGACCACGGCGUCCGCCUGCUGGAAGCCCAGAUUGCCACCGGGGGCAUCAUCGACCCCAUCCACAGUCACCGCCUCCCCGUCGAGGUGGCGUACAAGCGGGGUUACUUUGACGAGGAGAUGAACCGGAUCCUCUCAGACCCCACAGAUGACACCAAGGGCUUCUUUGACCCCAACACCCACGAGAACCUCACGUACAUGCAGCUCCUGCACAGAUGUGUCCCCGAUCCUGACACUGGCCUGCUGAUGCUUCACUUGAUGGAUAAGGGGUCCCUCUUCUCCUACCUCAGCGAGAACACGCGGAAGUCUCUGCAGUCUGCCAAGACCCGAGUUGGCGUGGGGCUUUUCCAGGACCAAGAGGUCUCCGUGUGGGACCUCCUCUUCUCCAGGUACGUCCUGCCGCACAAGAGGCAGGAACUCCUCAGGCAGUUCAAGUCCGGCACCAUAACUCUUCAGGACAUCACCCAAAUCCUCACCGCCAUCAUCACUGAGACCGAGGAAAGGAAUGCCAAGCACAGCGGGCACAAGCCAGCAACCAGCACACCCACAGCAACCUCGCCCAAAGGUGACGUGGUGGCCCAUCCGAGCCCGGAGAAGAUCUUGAAGACCACAACCGUCACCAUGCCUGCCGGGGAGCAGAAAGGCCAGCAGGUCCUUCUGUGGGACCUGCUCUUCUCCAGCUACGUCUCUGAGGAAAAGAGGACAGAGUUCCUGGACUUGUAUCAAAGAGGGCUACUCCCUACGGACAGGCUCAUCGGGGUCCUUACCACCCUCGUCAUGAAAAAAGAGGCCACUGGUAGGAAAUUCGACAUUAAAGUCAGAAGCCCGAGCCAGGAGAUGGCAACCAGUGACGAAGCCCACAGCGUUUCCUCCCCACGCUCUGGAAACUGGGAAAGCGCCUUGCGGUCACAUCGCAUCCAAGUGCCCCAUGGCGAGUUCCAAGGCCAGCAGCUCUCUGUGUGGGACCUCCUCACCUCUCAACACAUCUCGGAGGGGAAAAGGGAAGAGCUUCUGAGCAGAUACAGGCAUGGCCGCGUAAGCCUGGAGGAGCUGGCAGAAAUCCUCUCCGCCCUCCUCGCUGAGCCCACCCGCAGGGACAGCAAACACCCCUCGGCCCCAGACACGCCCAGUCAGGACGAAGAGGCACCCGAGAAGGAGGAGGACCGUGACGCACCCCAGCGGAAGGAGAAAGAACAGGCUCUGAAGUCCCGGAUGGUGGAAGUUGCCGCGGGGGAGUUCCACGGACGGAAGGUCUCCGUGUGGGAUCUGCUCCACUCCAAGUACAUCCCUGAGGAGAAAAGGAAGGAGCUCCUGCAGCUAUACUCGUCUGGCAUCCUCACCAUUGACCAGAUGGAAACCGUGGUCACCGCCAUCGUCAACCAGACAGAAGAGGAGAAAGCGAAGGAGAGCUCCCACACACAACCGCACUCGUGCCACUGGGAAGAGCCCUUGAGAAACCACACAGUAGUCCUGCAUGUCGGCCAGUUCCAGGGUCAGGAGGUCUCCCUAUGGGACCUCCUCUUCUCACAACACAUUUUGGACAGCCAGAGGGAGCAGCUCCUAACAAAGUACCGGUCAGGAACCCUGAGCAUUCAGGAAAUGAUAGCCACCUUGAUGGCCUCCCUUCUUUCCCAGAUGGAGGGGAGUCAUGACAGAGAAGCAGGAGAUGCCAGCAGCCCGAUGGGAGAAGUGGCUCUGCCCUGGGACGAGACAGCCCCUCCUUCCCAGCAGGACAAAGAGCUGGAAAGCACCCUGCGGCUGGUGACCCUAGCCGUGCCUGUGGGCGAGUUCCAGGGCAGCAGGCGGUCCGUAUGGGAGCUUCUCUUCUCCAAGUACGUGACUGCAGAGAAGCGGCAGGAGCUCCUGGAGCAGUACCGAGCAGGAUCCUUGACCGCAGAGGAGCUUGUCCGAAUCAUAACCAACCUCAUUGAGGAGAUGGAAGAGAAGAGCCAGAAGCUGAAGUUCUCCGGGCUCAGGAGGCGGGUGACGGCAUCAGAACUCUUUGACUCCCAGAUCAUUGACCAGGACACGCUCUCUGGCCUCACGCAAGGCACCACCACGGUGGAGGAGAUCACAGAAAGGGAUUCGGUGAAGCGAUACCUAGAAGGCACCAGCUGCAUUGCCGGAGUGCUCGUGCCAUCCAGAUCAGACUCUUCCAAGACGGAGAAGAUGACCGUCUACCAGGCCAUGUGGAAGGGGGUUCUGAGGCCAGGCACCGCCCUGGUGCUGCUGGAGGCACAGGCCGCCACCGGCUUCAUGACUGACCCGCUGAAGAACCAGAAGCUCUCUGUCGAAGAAGCCGUUGCCGCCGAACUGGUGGGUGCUGAAAUUCGGGAGAAGCUCCUCUCUGCAGAGAGAGCUGUGACCGGGUACAACGAUCCUUACACAGGGAGCAAAAUCUCCCUCUUCCAGGCCAUGAAGAAAGGCCUCAUCGUCAAAGACCACGGCGUCCGCCUGCUGGAAGCCCAGAUUGCCACCGGGGGCAUCAUCGACCCCAUCCACAGUCACCGCCUCCCCGUCGAGGUGGCGUACAAGCGGGGUUACUUUGACGAGGAGAUGAACCGGAUCCUCUCAGACCCCACAGAUGACACCAAGGGCUUCUUUGACCCCAACACCCACGAGAACCUCACGUACAUGCAGCUCCUGCACAGAUGUGUCCCCGAUCCUGACACUGGCCUGCUGAUGCUUCACUUGAUGGAUAAGGGGUCCCUCUUCUCCUACCUCAGCGAGAACACGCGGAAGUCUCUGCAGUCUGCCAAGACCCGAGUUGGCGUGGGGCUUUUCCAGGACCAAGAGGUCUCCGUGUGGGACCUCCUCUUCUCCAGGUACGUCCUGCCGCACAAGAGGCAGGAACUCCUCAGGCAGUUCAAGUCCGGCACCAUAACUCUUCAGGACAUCACCCAAAUCCUCACCGCCAUCAUCACUGAGACCGAGGAAAGGAAUGCCAAGCACAGCGGGCACAAGCCAGCAACCAGCACACCCACAGCAACCUCGCCCAAAGGUGACGUGGUGGCCCAUCCGAGCCCGGAGAAGAUCUUGAAGACCACAACCGUCACCAUGCCUGCCGGGGAGCAGAAAGGCCAGCAGGUCCUUCUGUGGGACCUGCUCUUCUCCAGCUACGUCUCUGAGGAAAAGAGGACAGAGUUCCUGGACUUGUAUCAAAGAGGGCUACUCCCUACGGACAGGCUCAUCGGGGUCCUUACCACCCUCGUCAUGAAAAAAGAGGCCACUGGUAGGAAAUUCGACAUUAAAGUCAGAAGCCCGAGCCAGGAGAUGGCAACCAGUGACGAAGCCCACAGCGUUUCCUCCCCACGCUCUGGAAACUGGGAAAGCGCCUUGCGGUCACAUCGCAUCCAAGUGCCCCAUGGCGAGUUCCAAGGCCAGCAGCUCUCUGUGUGGGACCUCCUCAUCUCUCAACACAUCUCGGAGGGGAAAAGGGAAGAGCUUCUGAGCAGAUACAGGCAUGGCCGCGUAAGCCUGGAGGAGCUGGCAGAAAUCCUCUCCGCCCUCCUCGCUGAGCCCACCCGCAGGGACAGCAAACACCCCUCGGCCCCAGACACGCCCAGUCAGGACGAAGAGGCACCCGAGAAGGAGGAGGACCGUGACGCACCCCAGCGGAAGGAGAAAGAACAGGCUCUGAAGUCCCGGAUGGUGGAAGUUGCCGCGGGGGAGUUCCACGGACGGAAGGUCUCCGUGUGGGAUCUGCUCCACUCCAAGUACAUCCCUGAGGAGAAAAGGAAGGAGCUCCUGCAGCUAUACUCGUCUGGCAUCCUCACCAUUGACCAGAUGGAAACCGUGGUCACCGCCAUCGUCAACCAGACGGAAGAGGAGAAAGCGAAGGAGAGCUCCCACACACAACCGCACUCGGACAGCAAACACCCCUCGGCCCCAGACGCACCCAGUCCGGACGACGAGGCACCCGAGAAGGAGGAGGACCGUGACGCACCCCAGAGGAAGGAGAGAGACCAGGCUCUGAAGUCCCGGAUAGUGGAAGUUGCCGCGGGAGAGUUCCAUGGACGGAAGGUCUCCGUGUGGGAUCUGCUCCACUCCAAGUACAUCCCUGAGGAGAAAAGGAAGGAGCUCCUGCAGCUAUACUCGUCUGGCAUCCUCACCAUUGACCAGAUGGAAACCGUGGUCACCACCAUUGUCAACCAGACUGAAGAGGAGAAAGCGAAGCAGAGUUCUCACGAACAACCGCACUCAUGCCACUGGGAAGAGCCCUUGAGAAACCACGCAGUGGUCCUGCAUGUCGGCCAGUUCCAGGGUCAGGAGGUCUCCCUAUGGGACCUCCUCUUCUCACAACACAUUUUGGACAGCCAGAGGGAGCAGCUCCUAACAAAGUACCGGUCAGGAACCCUGAGCAUUCAGGAAAUGAUAGCCACCUUGAUGGCCUCCCUUCUUUCCCAGAUGGAGGGAAGUCAUGACAGAGAAGCAGGAGAUGCCAGCAGUCUGAUGGGAGAAGUGGCUCUGCCCCAGGACGAGACAGCCCCUCCUUCCCAGCAGGACAAAGAGCUGGAAAGCACCCUGCGGCUGGUGACCCUAGCCGUGCCUGUGGGCGAGUUCCAGGGCAGCAGGCGGUCCGUAUGGGAGCUUCUCUUCUCCAAGUACGUGACUGCAGAGAAGCGGCAGGAGCUCCUGGAGCAGUACCGAGCAGGAUCCUUGACCGCAGAGGAGCUUGUCCGAAUCAUAACCAACCUCAUUGAGGAGAUGGAAGAGAAGAGCCAGAAGCUGAAGUUCUCCGGGCUCAGGAGGCGGGUGACGGCAUCAGAACUCUUUGACUCCCAGAUCAUUGACCAGGACACGCUCUCUGGCCUCACGCAAGGCACCACCACGGUGGAGGAGAUCACAGAAAGGGAUUCGGUGAAGCGAUACCUAGAAGGCACCAGCUGCAUUGCCGGAGUGCUCGUGCCAUCCAGAUCAGACUCUUCCAAGACGGAGAAGAUGACCGUCUACCAGGCCAUGUGGAAGGGGGUUCUGAGGCCAGGCACCGCCCUGGUGCUGCUGGAGGCACAGGCCGCCACCGGCUUCAUGACUGACCCGCUGAAGAACCAGAAGCUCUCUGUCGAAGAAGCCGUUGCCGCCGAACUGGUGGGUGCCGAGAUUCGGGAGAAGCUCCUCUCUGCAGAGAGAGCUGUGACCGGGUACAACGAUCCUUACACAGGGAGCAAAAUCUCCCUCUUCCAGGCCAUGAAGAAAGGCCUCAUCGUCAAAGACCACGGCGUCCGCCUGCUGGAAGCCCAGAUUGCCACCGGGGGCAUCAUCGACCCCAUCCACAGUCACCGCCUCCCCGUCGAGGUGGCGUACAAGCGGGGUUACUUUGACGAGGAGAUGAACCGGAUCCUCUCAGACCCCACAGAUGACACCAAGGGCUUCUUUGACCCCAACACCCACGAGAACCUCACAUACAUGCAGCUCCUGCACAGAUGUGUCCCCGAUCCUGACACUGGCCUGCUGAUGCUUCACUUGAUGGAUAAGGGGUCCCUCUUCUCCUACCUCAGCGAGAACACGCGGAAGUCUCUGCAGUCCGCAAAGACCCGAGUUGGCGUGGGGCUUUUCCAGGACCAAGAGGUCUCCGUGUGGGACCUCCUCUUCUCCAGGUAUGUCCUGCCGCACAAGAGGCAGGAACUCCUCAGGCAGUUCAAGUCCGGCACCAUAACUCUUCAGGACAUCACCCAAAUCCUCACCGCCAUCAUCACUGAGACCGAGGAAAGGAAUGCCAAGCACAGCGGGCACAAGCCAGCAACCAGCACACCCACAGCAACCUCGCCCAAAGGUGACGUGGUGGCCCAUCUGAGCCCGGAGAAGAUCUUGAAGACCACAACCGUCACCAUGCCUGCCGGGGAGCAGAAAGGCCAGCAGGUCCUUCUGUGGGACCUGCUCUUCUCCAGCUACGUCUCUGAGGAAAAGAGGACAGAGUUCCUGGACUUGUAUCAAAGAGGGCUACUCCCUACGGACAGGCUCAUCGGGGUCCUUACCACCCUCGUCAUGAAAAAAGAGGCCACUGGUAGGAAAUUCGACAUUAAAGUCAGAAGCCCGAGCCAGGAGAUGGCAACCAGUGACGAAGACGAAGAGGCACCCGAGAAGGAGGAGGACCGUGACGCACCCCAGCGGAAGGAGAAAGAACAGGCUCUGAAGUCCCGGAUGGUGGAAGUUGCCGCGGGGGAGUUCCACGGACGGAAGGUUUCCGUGUGGGAUCUGCUCCACUCCAUGUACAUCCCUGAGGAGAAAAGGAAGGAGCUCCUGCAGCUAUACACUUCUGGCAUCCUCACCAUUGACCAGAUGGAAACCGUGGUCACCGCCAUCGUCAACCAGACGGAAGAGGAGAAAGCGAAGGAGAGGUCCCACACAGAACCACACUCGUGCCACUGGGAAGAGCCCUUGAGAAACCACACAGUGGUCCUGCAUGUCGGCCAGUUCCAGGGUCAGGAGGUCUCCCUCUGGGACCUCCUCUUCUCACAACACAUUUUGGACAGCCAGAGGGAGCAGCUCCUAACAAAGUACCGGUCAGGAACCCUGAGCAUUCAGGAAAUGAUAGCCACCUUGAUGGCCUCCCUUCUUUCCCAGACGGAGGGAAGUCAUGGCAAAGCCGCUGAGCCCACCCACAGGGACAGCAAACACCCCUCGGCCCCAGACGCACCCAGUCCGGACGAUGAGGCACCUGAGAAGGAGGAGGACCGUGACGCACCCCAGAGGAAGGAGAGAGACCAGGCUCUGAAGUCCCGGAUAGUGGAAGUUGCCGCGGGAGAUUUCCAUGGACGGAAGGUCUCCGUGUGGGAUCUGCUCCACUCCAAGUACAUCCCUGAGGAGAAAAGGAAGGAGCUCCUGCAGCUAUACUCGUCUGGCAUCCUCACCAUUGACCAGAUGGAAACCGUGGUCACCGCCAUUGUCAACCAGACUGAAGAGGAGAAAGCGAAGCAGAGUUCUCACGAACAACCGCACUCAUGCCACUGGGAAGAGCCCUUGAGAAACCACGCAGUGGUCCUGCAUGUCGGCCAGUUCCAGGGUCAGGAGGUCUCCCUAUGGGACCUCCUCUUCUCACAACACAUUUUGGACAGCCAGAGGGAGCAGCUCCUAACAAAGUACCGGUCAGGAACCCUGAGCAUUCAGGAAAUGAUAGCCACCUUGAUGGCCUCCCUUCUUUCCCAGACGGAGGGGAGUCAUGACAGAGAAGCAGGAGAUGCCAGCAGCCCGAUGGGAGAAGUGGCUCUGCCCCGGGACGAGACAGCCCCUCCUUCCCAGCAGGACAAAGAGCUGGAAAGCACCCUGCGGCUGGUGACCCUAGCCGUGCCUGUGGGCGAGUUCCAGGGCAGCAGGCGGUCCGUAUGGGAGCUUCUCUUCUCCAAGUAUGUGACUGCAGAGAAGCGGCAGGAGCUCCUGGAGCAGUACCGAGCAGGAUCCUUGACCGCAGAGGAGCUUGUCCGAAUCAUAACCAACCUCAUUGAGGAGAUGGAAGAGAAGAGCCAGAAGCUGAAGUUCUCCGGGCUCAGGAGGCGGGUGACGGCAUCAGAACUCUUUGACUCCCAGAUCAUUGACCAGGACACGCUCUCUGGCCUCACGCAAGGCACCACCACGGUGGAGGAGAUCACAGAAAGGGAUUCGGUGAAGCGAUACCUAGAAGGCACCAGCUGCAUUGCCGGAGUGCUCGUGCCAUCCAGAUCAGACUCUUCCAAGACGGAGAAGAUGACCGUCUACCAGGCCAUGUGGAAGGGGGUUCUGAGGCCAGGCACCGCCCUGGUGCUGCUGGAGGCACAGGCCGCCACCGGCUUCAUGACUGACCCGCUGAAGAACCAGAAGCUCUCUGUCGAAGAAGCCGUUGCCGCCGAACUGGUGGGUGCCGAGAUUCGGGAGAAGCUCCUCUCUGCAGAGAGAGCUGUGACCGGGUACAACGAUCCUUACACAGGGAGCAAAAUCUCCCUCUUCCAGGCGAUGAAGAAAGGCCUCAUCGUCAAAGACCACGGCGUCCGCCUGCUGGAAGCCCAGAUUGCCACCGGGGGCAUCAUCGACCCCAUCCACAGUCACCGCCUCCCCGUCGAGGUGGCGUACAAGCGGGGUUACUUUGACGAGGAGAUGAACCGGAUCCUCUCAGACCCCACAGAUGACACCAAGGGCUUCUUUGACCCCAACACCCACGAGAACCUCACGUACAUGCAGCUCCUGCACAGAUGUGUCCCCGAUCCUGACACUGGCCUGCUGAUGCUUCACUUGAUGGAUAAGGGGUCCCUCUUCUCCUACCUCAGCGAGAACACGCGGAAGUCUCUGCAGUCCGCCAAGACCCGAGUUGGCGUGGGGCUUUUCCAGGACCAAGAGGUCUCCGUGUGGGACCUCCUCUUCUCCAGGUACGUCCUGCCGCACAAGAGGCAGGAACUCCUCAGGCAGUUCAAGUCCGGCACCAUAACUCUUCAGGACAUCACCCAAAUCCUCACCGCCAUCAUCACUGAGACCGAGGAAAGGAAUGCCAAGCACAGCGGGCACAAGCCAGCAACCAGCACACCCACAGCAACCUCGCCCAAAGGUGACGUGGUGGCCCAUCCGAGCCCGGAGAAGAUCUUGAAGACCACAACCGUCACCAUGCCUGCCGGGGAGCAGAAAGGCCAGCAGGUCCUUCUGUGGGACCUGCUCUUCUCCAGCUACGUCUCUGAGGAAAAGAGGACAGAGUUCCUGGACUUGUAUCAAAGAGGGCUACUCCCUACGGACAGGCUCAUCGGGGUCCUUACCACCCUCGUCAUGAAAAAAGAGGCCACUGGUAGGAAAUUCGACAUUAAAGUCAGAAGCCCGAGCCAGGAGAUGGCAACCAGUGACGAAGCCCACAGCGUUUCCUCCCCACGCUCUGGAAACUGGGAAAGCGCCUUGCGGUCACAUCGCAUCCAAGUGCCCCAUGGCGAGUUCCAAGGCCAGCAGCUCUCUGUGUGGGACCUCCUCAUCUCUCAACACAUCUCGGAGGGGAAAAGGGAAGAGCUUCUGAGCAGAUACAGGCAUGGCCGCGUAAGCCUGGAGGAGCUGGCAGAAAUCCUCUCCGCCCUCCUCGCUGAGCCCACCCGCAGGGACAGCAAACACCCCUCGGCCCCAGACACGCCCAGUCAGGACGAAGAGGCACCCGAGAAGGAGGAGGACCGUGACGCACCCCAGCGGAAGGAGAAAGAACAGGCUCUGAAGUCCCGGAUGGUGGAAGUUGCCGCGGGAGAGUUCCACGGACGGAAGGUCUCCGUGUGGGAUCUGCUCCACUCCAAGUACAUCCCUGAGGAGAAAAGGAAGGAGCUCCUGCAGCUAUACUCGUCUGGCAUCCUCACCAUUGACCAGAUGGAAACCGUGGUCACCGCCAUCGUCAACCAGACGGAAGAGGAGAAAGCGAAGGAGAGCUCCCACACACAACCGCACUCGUGCCACUGGGAAGAGCCCUUGAGAAACCACACAGUAGUCCUGCAUGUCGGCCAGUUCCAGGGUCAGGAGGUCUCCCUCUGGGACCUCCUCUUCUCUCAGUACUUCACAGAAGAUAAAAGGGAACAUCUUCUGUCCAUAUACAGGGAUAACAAUUUAACUGCUGAGGAACUGGCUGCUAUCCUUUCUACUCUAAUUGCUGAAACCACAGAUGGAGCCAAUAAGCAUUCCAUGGAAGUCACCAUGGGUCCGCAGAUAGCAUCAUUUGAGAAAAAGAAGUACUGUGAUCCUCAGGAAGGAGACAGAAUAGAGAAGGCUCUGAAGUCCCGGAUGGUGGAAGUAGCCGCGGGACAGUUCCAUGGACGCAAGGUCUCCAUUUGGGAUCUGCUCCACUCCAAGUACAUCCCUGAGGAGAAAAGGAAGGAGAUCCUGAAACUUUACACCUCUGGCAUCCUCACCAUUGACCAGAUGGAAACCGUGGUCACCACCAUCGUAAACAAGACUGAGGAACGGGAAGAAAAUGUGUCACAUGUUUGUCAUCACGCAGUUGUCUCAGAGGAACCUAAAUCUCCCCAGGCAUCACACUAUGACCUGCUGCAGCAUACGUUACGUCUCGAGAAUAUUGAUGUCACCAUCCGAGAGGUCCAAGGACAAAAGGCCUCUGUCUGGGAUCCUUUCUUUUCGAGGUGUGUCUCUGACAUCAGGCGAGAAGAGAUUCUACACAGACAUGGAGCACCAACACUCAGUGUAAAGGAAAGUAUAAGAAGCAUUACUACUAUUAUUACAGAACCUGAAAGCACAAGUGGCACAUCAUACGAAAGCAGUGGAAGUCCCAAUGAAGACCAUGGGCCACCGAAAAUCUUCAAGGCUUCUCAAGCAGAAUCCCAAGAAAGCAAAGUGAAUGCCCUGAAAUCUAGGAUGGUCAAAGUAUAUGACCAACAGCUUUCCCUGUGGGAUCUUCUCCAUUCACAUUAUGUGCCUGAGGAGAAAAAGGAGGAGAUUUUGGAGCUAUACCAAAAUGGCAUCCUCACUUUUGACAAAAUGGAAAAUGUACUCACUGCCAUCAUAAACAAAACAGAGGAGCAAAAGGGGAUGGAGGCGUUCCCUGCAUGCUCACCUUCAGGCCACUGGGAAGGCCCCUUGAGGAAUCACACCCUGACUCCGCUUGCUGGCGAGUUCCAGGGCCAGCAGCUCUCUGUGUGGGACCUCCUCGUCUCUCAACACAUCUCGGAGGGGGAAAGGGAAGAGCUUCUGAGCAGAUACAGGCAUGGCCGCGUAAGCCUGGAGGAGCUGGCAGAAAUCCUCUCCGCCCUCCUCGCUGAGCCCACCCGCAGGGACAGCAAACACCCCUCGGCCCCAGACACGCCCAGUCAGGACGAAGAGGCACCCGAGAAGGAGGAGGACCGUGACGCACCCCAGCGGAAGGAGAAAGACCAGGCUCUGAAGUCCCGGAUGGUGGAAGUUGCCGCGGGGGAGUUCCAUGGACGGAAGGUCUCCGUGUGGGAUCUGCUCCACUCCAAGUACAUCCCUGAGGAGAAAAGGAAGGAGCUCCUGCAGCUAUACACGUCUGGCAUCCUCACCAUUGACCAGAUGGAAACCGUGGUCACCGCCAUAGUAAAGAAGAUGGAGGAGGAGAAAGUCAGCACACUGGAGUCUGCAGCAAGUUCAAGAGAAGAGACAAAGUCAUCCUUACAAGGUCAGGAAGUUUGCUCCCCUCAUUCUGUCUCUUUAGAAAACACGUUACGGUCUGAGAGUUGCGUGGUUCCAGUUGGUGACUUUCAGGGACGAAUGGUUUCCUGCUGGGAUCUCCUUUUUUCCAAAUACAUCUCUGAAGAGAAGAGGCAGGAGCUUCUAAACCACCUCCAAGCCAAGGCCCUCACUGUUCAGGAACUGAUGGGCCUUCUCACCAACAUCAUCAUGGAAAGUGAGAAGCCUAGCAGGGACCUGGCCGCCAGCACAGAGGAGGGCGGCAAGCAGAAGGGAGCAGACUCACAUGCCCGGCAGCAUCAACUGAGGAAAUCCUUGCGGACAACUCUGGUCGAUGUGGCCUCGGGGGAGUUUGCAGGCCAGAAGGUGUGUGUCUUGGACCUCCUGUUCUCGAAAUACGUCUCCCAGGACAAAAGGCAGGAGCUGCUGGAACUGUACAGGGCAGGGGUGUUGCCCAUUCAAGAAAUGAUGACAGCGCUCACCACCAUGAUUGAAGAGGCAGAAAGCAAGUGUGGGGAAGCCAGCGGCAGAGAGAGGAGAAGAGGCAGCCAACCCAGGAGAGGCUGCUGGAAAGAACCAGACCCCCAGUCCUAACCGGUGGCCGAGGCGGUGCCUGGGCUCGAUCCGCCCCGCUCUCCCUGAUGCCACGGCCUGCCCCCCAGUGGCGGAGUUUUCUUCAGUGCACAUCAGACUCUGCACUGCGUCUGGUCUCAGCAUACAACUGGUUAUCUGCAACCCACCGGGCAGGAAAAAAAGCCCCUUAAAACGCUUGCUUUCUCUCCAUCCUCUGAAACUCUGUUUGCUGUCCCCGAGGAUUUUGGCUUCCCUAUUUCAAGCAUUUGGACUUCAUCCGCGCUUUGGCAGUCACCACUUCCUCUGCAAGGGCCUAAAAGAUGUUCUGCUUAUCCACCACCGAGGGACACGCGCAUGUUCAGCACAGCAGCUCCCUGGAAAAUGCCCCUCCAGGCCCUAAGCUGGCCACACGUCUGUGCAUUGAAACCACCGGCCACAGAGACAUUGGGGUCAGUGACUUCAGGAGCUCUGUGUAGUGGGGGGCUGGGCUGCCCUCCUCCCUGGGUGAAGAACCGGAUCAUGGCCAAGCUGCAGCCAGCGUGUGCAGAGCCCAGGUGGGGAGCCGCCCUCCUGAGAGGAGGGCGCAUUGAGCGGGUGGGCGGGGGGGGGGGGCACAUCUGCAAAAGGAGGCACCGUGUCGGAAGAAGAGCCCGCUUGGUUACAGAGACAGAGCAACCCAGCUUCAUGGUUCCAGCUGACAAUAAAAGGCUCCUUUGGA